GAAAAACAUUUUCAUAACAUCUUUGCCAAGUGGACAAAAUGGAAAGAAUUAAUAUUUCACUCUAUUUUCACAGUUGUAUGUUGUUAUAGGUAAAAACAAAUUUUGUUUAUAUCCUCCUGUCUGUUACCUGUUGAAUUCUAAUCCCAGUACAUAUCUGUCAGUCACUGAUGAGUGAAUGAAAAAAGCAAACAACUGAAAAUUUAUUCUUGUUGACGGUACUGGCCUGCAUUUUCUCCAUUCAACUCUAUUAAACUAUAAAUUCACAAAUGGAAUGAAUUCACUGAACUGCCUUUACAUCAGCGCGUGUGUGUGAGUGUGUGUGUGUAAAAUGCUCCUAGCAAGUAUUACUUUCAAACUUUUGAUUCCACUGAUACUUGGAAGUGAAAUUAAUAUAUCGAAAUAUAAAGCAGUUCUUCUUCACAGACAUAAUUUUAUCAGACAAUCAAGAAAUAAAUGCGAACACACGUAUAUGCCACCAUCAGAGACUGAAUUGACAGAUUUAAUAUGGGAUGAUGGAUUGGCUAUCACUGCUCAAAUGUAUGCUAAAAGGUGUAGAAAUGUUAUUAGUAGUCCACAUGAGAGAACUACUUGCAAAUGGAAGUCAGUUGGUCAAAAUGUUGCGGAAGUUGGUGAAAUUAAAGAUGCCCCCGCGUUAUGGAGAGAUGGUGCUCGAUAUUAUGAGUAUAAAGAUGAUUUAUGCACAAAAGAAAAUGAUGAGUAUUAUUGUGAUAGUUUCAAACAGAUAGUUUACGCCAAUACAACGCAUAUAGGCUGUGGUGCACAUUUAUGUAAUGAAAACAUCGAUUCAAAAAAGUACAUAGUUGUUUGUAACUAUGCACUAGCCGCUCAUGGAAGACCGUAUGCUGAUGGAACAAUAACUCGUUGUCAAAUGUCACCUUCAUGAUGAUAAAGACAUCGGCUAUGGGUCCUUGAAGUUUUCUCAUUCAUCAUCUUCAAAACAACAAUCAUUUUUGUUUUGCAUAUUCGGUGAAAAUUUUGUCUAAUUUUACUUGGUAAACACAAUAUUUAUUGAUAUUGCUAAUAAUAAAUAUUAUUCUGGGCUAGAACAGAAGAA